AUGGGACAUUGCGAGAUAGUUGAGGGUUCUGCUCUCGCUGAUCCCCCUCUCCCUGGGCAAGUUGCGCAUCAGGCCUGGUUUGCUGGGGUCCUUAUGGAGGGGUCUCUGUUGGGACAUUCUCCUGCUCUGCCAUUGGUGGUGAAGGGGGAUGUCCAAAUGAAGAUACCAAGAGAUUUCAUCGAGCAUGUCAAUGGGAAAUUGCCAGGAAACUUCAACCUUCGAAGUGGUAAUGGAACAUAUUGGUGUGUAAAGGUGAAGAAAAUCAAGGAUGGUUGGUUUUUCCUGAAGGGUUGGAAUCGUUUUGUAAAGUUCCAUUUUUUGAAAGUUGGGGAGUUCUUAAUUUUCACUUACAGAGGUGAUUCCAAGUUCAGUGUCACCAUUUUCGAUAGAAGUGCAUGCGAAAAAGAGCUUCCUUUAACCAAGUGGAGGAGGAGAAACGAUCAUGAAGGAGAAGAACGCAAGACCCAAUUCACCAAGGAAGUUGUUGAGCCUCGGGAAGAAUUGGUCGAGAAAAAAAAGAUAGGUGUUCACAAGAUUAGAAUAAAUGGGAGGCUUGAAUCAGUUCACUUACUGGAAACAGAGCGUCCACAUCUCACCCAAAUUUUGAAGCCCAAUUUAAGAAAUCAGAUUACUUUUCCGAAAGCUCUGUUAGCAGAGACUGGCCUUGUAGGUAAGGAGAGAAUAUUGCUUUGGAAUCCUCAAGGGAGGUCGUGGCCAAUGAGGUUGCAUUUAAAGAAAGAUGGACGUGGGCAGAUCACAACUGGAUGGAAUGAUUUCUGCAAAGAAAACAACCUGGUAAAUGGUGAUGCUAUCGUCUUUUGA